AUUGUUAAGAAUGCAGAUAAAAAUAUAAUAUUACUGCCUUAUUUUUUUCUCAUUUUCUAACAAAGAAAAAGAAUCUUUUUUUUAUUGAUAAAUAUAAAAGGAUCAUAUUUAUUAAAGUAAAAAUGACUGCUAUGCAAGGAGCAUUAUCAGCGGCUGAAAGAUCUAUGCGAUCUGUGUUUGUGGGGAACAUUCCAUAUGAAGCCACUGAAGAACAAUUAAAAGAUAUAUUUGCUGAAGUGGGUCCUGUCGUAAGCUUUAGAUUAGUGUAUGAUCGAGAAACAGGAAAACCAAAAGGCUAUGGAUUUUGUGAAUAUAAAGAUCAAGAAAUGGCUCUCAGUGCUAUGCGUAAUUUGAAUGGUUAUGAACUUAAUGGCAGAGCUCUUCGUGUUGAUAAUGCUGCUAGUGAAAAAAGUAAAGAAGAAUUAAAAAAUUUGCAAGCAUCAUUAGGUGGCCCACCGGUUGAGAGCCCUUAUGGCCCUGAAAUAUCUGGAGAUCAAGCUCCUGAUGCAAUAGCAAAAAUCAUGAGUAGUCUUCCUCCAGAACAGUUGUAUGAACUUAUGAUUCAAAUGAAGGUUUGCAUUGAAAAUAAUCCCAACGAAGCUCGUAUUUUAUUAAUGCAAAAUCCACAACUGUGUUAUGCUUUAUUACAAGCUCAGGUUAUUAUGAAGCUAGUUGAUCCCAUUCAAGCAAAAACUAUGCUACAUGCUCAGAACCCCUUUACUUUAUCAGCAUCUGCACUGUUGCCAACACCUGAAGGGAAAACUAAUGCUACACAAGCACCAACACAUUCUGCCUUUUCAACUCCACAGUACUUAAAAAAUGUUCCUGGUAUAAAUGAAGGUCCUCAAUUUGCACCAGCUAUACCUAUGGAUGCACCUGGCUCUUCACCUAUACCUCCUAAUACUGCAGCUGGUCCUCAAAGGCCACCUCCUCAUAAUGUGUCACCUGCAAGACCAUCUUUGCUACCAGCUCCUGCUGCUGGACCAAAUCAAUAUCCUGAUAGAGGUAUGAAUCCUCGAUCACUUGGCGAUCACGAUCUGAGGCAGAUGCCCAUGGUUGACAGAGAUAUGCGUGGUCCUCCAGUGAUGGGUGGAGAUAAAGAUAUGAGACAUCAAGCGGUUGAUGAGGACUUUAGAGGAAUGGGUGGGCCUGGAAGAAUGCCUGAUAAUCGUUACUCUAAUAAUCCUGGCAUGCCUCAUGGUGACAUUCGAAAUAUGCCUUCCAGCGACAUGCGCAACAUGCCUCCUGGUGACAUGCGAGGUAGAAGCGCUGCACAUCCAGGAGACAUGCGCAACAUGCCACCUGGAGAUAUGAGAAAUAUGCCAUCUAAUGACAUGCAUCGGAUGCCACAAAGUAGAGGUAUGCCGUCUCAUGACCCUCAUCCAUCAGCUGGUGGACGAAAUAUGCCUCCUAUGGACUCUCGAAAUAUUCCCAACCCUGGUGGUCGUAAUAUACCUCCUGUAGAUGCUCGUGGUAUGCCUAUGGGGGAUCAUGGUAAUAGAGGACCCCAUUUCGAUAGACCAAUGGGUCCAGGGCGAAUGGAUGAUCACAUACCUCCUAUGAAUCCUAAUGCAGCUACUGCUCGGCCCCUUCAGAAUCCCAGAUUAAAUGCUGUUGGUGGUAACUCUCCUGCAGUUGGUGGGGCAUCUCCAAGUCCUGCUUCAUCAUCCCGCUCUAAUAAUCAGGCAUUAGCUGCAGCAGCUGCUGCUAUAGCGCCUCACGACCAAGAAAAGGCUGCUUUAAUAAUGCAAGUUCUGCAACUUUCGGAUCAGCAGAUAGCCAUGCUUCCUCCAGAACAAAGGCAAAGCAUUUUGAUAUUAAAAGAACAAAUUGCUCGCAGUACUCAAGCAUCCUAAUUUUUUGCUCUUUUUCAAGUAAUUGUAGUAAAACACAGUUUUAUUCUAUAUUUUGUAAUAAACAUAUGAGCCUAUGUA